UCCAACGAGGACAUCAUCUUGCUGAUUAAGAAUGGAGAACAUGACGAUUUCGGGGCGGAAAAGCUUCGAGGUCUGCUGAAAAUCUUGCCGGAAAUGGACGAAGUGGAAAUGCUCAAGAGCUUUGACGGAGAUAAGGCCAAAUUGGGAAACGCGGAGAAAUUUUUACUGCAAAUCCUUGCAGUGCCCAGUUACAAGCUCCGCGUGGAGAGCAUGUUGCUGAAGCAGGAGUUUGCGAGUCAGAUGGAGACCUUGGAACCGGCCAUAAACGCGAUCAUAGGAGCAGCUGAUGAACUGAAAUCCAGUCGACGUCUUCAAGAUAUUCUUUACAUGAUUCUUAUCGCCGGGAACUUCCUCAAUUCCGGAGGUUAUGCAGGAGAUGCAGCGGGAGUCAAAAUGACGUCUCUUCAGAAACUCACGGAUAUUCGAGCAAACAAACCUGGCAUGACAUUGAUCCAUUAUAUCGUUAUGGAAUGUGAGAAGAAGAACAAGGACCUUCUGAAGUUGCCGGACGAAUUCGGGUGCCUUGAAGAAGCUUCGAAAAUCUCAAUCGCUCAGCUUACGUCCGACAUCCAGAACCUCGACGGCAGAGUGAAGCGCAUCAGUCAGCAGCUGAAAAAUACUUCUCCUCCUGAUUUGCAGUCGCAAAUGGCUCAGUUCAUUAGUAUUGCUGAACAAGAGCUGGAUGGUUUGAAUCUUGACCUCCAAGCACUCGAACGAGUGCGAAUCGAACUCGGAGAGUUUUUCUGUGAAGAUCCGGCAAUUUUCAAACUCGAAGACUGUUUCAAGAUCUUCCAAAACUUCAUUCAAAAAUUCAAGCAAUCGAUCCAGGAAAAUGAAAAGCGCAGAGAUCAAGAAUUGCAGGCCGAGCUUCGAAAGAAACUUAGGGAAGAUACAACGUUGCGGAGAAGGCCUAGCUUUGGGCAUUCAGCCACUUUACCGAGGCCGUCCUCAAUGGGAUCUGAUUCAGAUUCGAAUAUUAUGGACUCGUUGCUAUCAGAUAUUCGCUCCGGUUUCCCGAGAAAAGGAGAUAAGAAGAGCAAUGUGUUCGGAAUUGAUCAAGAUGUGAUCACUAACCUCCCUGCAACUCCUCGACUUGUACGUCGAAAAUUUCCCAGCACUGGACAGGAUCCUGUCGCAGCGUCAAACCUUGCUGCUUUGGAUUCUGGAUUGGGUACCAGCGGCGAGAAUCCUGAUGUCACUCCGAAUGGCACGAUGCGCCGCCGCCGCAGCAAGAUCCAUUCUGAAGAAGAAGGGAAUUUGAUGGACUACUUGCGUGCUGGUGGUGUUAACCCUCCCGAUCCUAUCCCUGAACGCAAGGAAAAACGAUCCUGGGGCGGAUUACCUGCUGAAAUGUACGGGUCAUUGGACAGAUCCUGGGCUAGACGGAAUGCGGGCGGUGUGGCGAAACCGAGGCCUGUUCUGGCAGCAGGCGCCUUCGACAACCGGGAGAUUGCAGAGGCGGAACCGCAAAUUGCGCAGCAGCCGGCAGCAGCGACGGAACAAGUUCAAUUGCCUGACGAGACCAAUGCUAACAAACCCAAAGCAGCUCGUCGUCGCGCAGGAGCAGGUUGGCGCCCCACAGUGGAGUCGACUGACGUGUUGGGCACCAUGGAAGCCAUCGAAGACGAAGGCUCCAAGCGUGAGAAGAGUGACAAGGCGGCGGGUUGGCGGAAGGGUUCGCCCGACGGGCCCGAGACACCCGUGGAAGCCCAGCAGAAGAAGAUGAUGCUCCGGAGACUCAUUUCCAUGGGAAAGGAUGCUGAAGACCGCGGCAUCUCAGCCUUACAGCCUUGCCAUGCAGCCUGGUUUCAACGCGGCUCUUGGAAAUGA